CGCGUCCGCCGCCGCCGAUCGCAGGCGCCAGAGCCCCGGGGCGCGGCGAGCAGCGACCGCUGACGCGGGGCGCCGGCUGCCAACUUCGCGCGCGGAGCUCUCCGGCGGCGUGGUCCCGGCGGCGCGGGCGGCAUGAAGACGAGCCGCCGCGGCCGAGCGCUCCUGGCUGUGGCCCUGAACCUGCUGGCGCUGCUCUUCGCCACCACCUCCUUCCUCACCACGCACUGGUGCCAGGGCACGCAGAGGGUGCCCAAGCCCGGCUGCAGCCAGGGCGGGCGCGCCAACUGCCCCAACUCGGGAGCCAACGCCACGGCCAACGGCACCGCCGACCCCGCCGCCGCCGCCGCCGCCGCCGCCGCCGGGAACAACCCCCCUGGCGGCGAGCUCUACAGCUGGGAGACGGGCGACGACCGCUUCCUCUUCAGGAAUUUCCACACUGGCAUCUGGUACUCGUGCGAGGAGGAGCUCGGCGGGCUCGGUGAAAAGUGUCGCAGCUUCAUUGACCUGGCACCGGCAUCGGAGAAGGGGGUCCUAUGGCUGUCAGUGGUCUCCGAGGUGCUCUAUAUCCUGCUGCUGGUGGUUGGCUUCAGCCUCAUGUGUCUCGAGCUCUUCCAUUCCAGCAAUGUCAUCGACGGGCUCAAGCUCAACGCAUUUGCAGCCAUCUUCACGGUGCUUUCCGGCCUCCUGGGAAUGGUAGCCCACAUGAUGUACACGCAGGUGUUCCAGGUCACCGUGAGCCUUGGCCCUGAAGACUGGAGACCCCAUUCCUGGGACUACGGGUGGUCCUUCUGCCUGGCGUGGGGCUCCUUUACAUGCUGCAUGGCAGCCUCUGUCACCACGCUCAACUCCUACACCAAGACGGUCAUUGAGUUCCGGCACAAGCGCAAGGUCUUCGAGCAGGGCUACCGGGAGGAGCCGACCUUCAUAGACUCUGAGGCCAUCAAGUACUUCCGGGAGAGGACACCAGCCACGCAUGGGAGAUUCCUGGCCCCGGAGCUCUGCCCAGGAGGUGCCAGAGCUGAACCGCCAGUGCUGGGUCCUGGGGCACUGGGUGUGACUGAGGCCCGGCCUGACCCCCAGACCUCAGGCCAUCGUUGGCCCCAGCCCCUGCGACAGGACCACUGGUUGGCACCCCCAGAAGCCUGGCCUGUGUGCUGUGAACUCAGCUGACCUGUGUGGGACACAACAGGCCUGUAGCCUGGGUCUCAGGCUCCUGGAACAGGGACCAGGGUGGCCCGAGGGAAUACACAGGGCUGCACAAAGGGACUUUGGGACAGCACCUUCUAGUUCUCACCACCAUCACAUGCAGAGCCCUUCUGGGGGCAGUGGGGAUGCCAGGAAAGACAGACAUCAGCCACCGAAAGCCUGGGGACCCACGAGCCAGCCAGGAGGUUCAGGAGGUGCCCAGUGGCGCAGGGCCCUGCUCGGGGCAGGGAGUGGGGGCCCUGAAGAAGGGACAAGGCCCCAGCACUGUGGUGGGGGACACACAGUGGGCACACAGCAAGGGCUCAAUAAAUCCUUGUUGAACCUAA